AGUUGUGGUUGUGAUGUUUUCCCUUUCUAGGCGUACAUGUUCAAAUAUGAUUCCACCCAUGGCCGUUACCAUGGAGAGGUCUCUGUUGCUGAUGACAAGCUCGUGGUGGAUGGGACCCCCAUCGCUGUCUUCCAGCACAUGAAGCCAGCGGAGAUUCCCUGGGGUGAGCACGGAGCGCUCUACAUUGUGGAAUCGACAGGAGUGUUCCUGACUGUGGACAAGGCCUCGGCCCACCUGCAGGGGGGUGCCAAGCGCGUUGUGGUGACAGCACCAUCCCCUGAUGCCCCCAUGUUUGUGAUGGGAGUCAAUGAGGGCAAGUAUGAUGCUUCCAGCAUGAACAUUGUCAGGUCAGUGCCCGCCUGGGGUUGGG